AUGCCCAUAAAUCUUAAUUGCCCAACAUCCACUUGAAAUCUAAUUCCACUCAAACAUAUUUUACAACUUUAGAAUCCAAGGAAACAAAGCUCUCCCACUACUCCCAAUCAUUCCACAAAAACCAUCUAUUGCAAUCUCUCAAUAAAUACAUAACAGUCAACCACAACUUCCACAUAUAGUCCCAAUAUCAAUCUCCAAUCAUGUCCACCAAAGGAAUUCAAGACCAACCCUCCAAAUUAUACAACAAGAAGUCCUCCUUCCAUGGUAGAAAUGGUUCUGAUGAGCUUGAUGUGUUUGAGGCUGCAAGGUACUUCUCUGGUUACAAUGAAGCUCAUCAACAAGUCUACAAUGUCACAACAACUAAUUACACUCAGAGGAGCAUGAGAGGAGGAAGAAUAAGCUUAGAUGUACCAAUGAUGGCUAGAAAGUCUCUCCCACAAGACCCUAAUUACAAGAUUGAUGUUCAUCAAAAGCAGCAGCAAGACAAGAAAUACAAGCAACCAAGCUCACCAGGAGGCAGGCUUGCUAGUUUCUUGAACUCUCUAUUUAACCAAACUGGGUCUAAGAAGAAGAAGAAAUCAUCAAAGUCAGCCACACAAUCCAUGAAAGACGAAGAUGAUCAAAGUCCCAAUAGUAUGAGGAGGAGGAGGAGGAGCAGCAUUAGCCAUUUUCGAAGCUCGAAUGCGACAUCAGCUGAUACAAAGUCCCUGUAUUCUUCUUCAAGCUCUGGUUUCAGGACUCCCCCUGCUAACUAUGCACAAACACCCAUCAAGAGCUUAAGAAGCUUCUUUGAUCACAAGCAACUAGUUGUGCCUUCUCAAGUGUGUGUAAGACCCACAAUUGGGAAAUUGAUCAACCAUGAUCAUCAUCAACUUCACAGGAGGAGCCAAGAUUUGUAUGAGAAUAAGGUAAAAUUCAGCAAUGGAUCUACAGAGCAGAAGGAGCAGUUGAGGAAGUUGGAUGAUGUGGGAGAUGAUGGAGCAGAGAGUGAUUCAAGCUCUGAUUUGUUUGAAUUGGAAAACUUUGAUUUGGGUUUCUACUCAAGUGGACUACCAGUGUAUGAGACUACUCAUAUUGACACCAUCAAGAGAUCAGCACCACCAAUCACCACUGGCGCUGUACGAGCUUGAGAUUGUCCGAAGACAUGUUAGGUUGGGUGGUUCCUCGAUCACCAAAACAAUCAAGAGAUUUGUGGAUUAAUUUGCAAUAUUUCUUGGAUUUAAAGGUCUAUUAAUUUUUUUUUUCCCUUUUAAUGCAUGUACAAUUUGGAAUGUUUUUAGUUGUCUUUUAUGUUCUUGUAGAGGCAAUCUUGUGAGUUGUAAGGAUAUGAUUUAGAUGGAGUGGCUGGGUUGCUUAGAUUUUACCCCUAAA